GCGGCGGCGCGCCAGUCUCCCGCGGCUCUCGCAUCGAACACACGUCGCGACAUCGACAACUAUCGACACACCCCGACACGUGCGUCGCACAUCCCUAUUUUGAAAGUUCCAAUUUCAAAGUGUUGUCAAAGUGGCACGGGAUUUUUUCUAUACGCAAAUCGAUCUCGCACGCUGUACAGUGGUGUAGUGCAGUGGCUCGGAGGAUAUGUGUGGCUCAGAGCGCAGGUGACACUAGUGGUACAUGUCAGUGAGUGGCGGACGAUGAUCGGACGGGGUUGGAACACGUGCCGUCGGAAAGUUAACGACUGGUCCAAAAUGGCGACGAAUCACGCGCCGCACAUAUCACGGACGUCUGUCGUUUGUGUAUUAUUGGCUUUAAUAAGUACGAAGGCGAAAGCGGGCGACCUGUGGCCGAUGGAGCGGCCCGACGGCAUGCCGGUGAUACAGUCGCUGGAGGUCAUGUGCGGGAAGGAUCACAUGGACGUGCAUCUCACGUUCUCGCAUCCGUUUGAAGGCAUCGUUUCCUCUAAAGGACAACACGGUGAUCCUCGUUGCGUGUAUGUGCCUCCGUCAACGGGACAGACGUUUUUCUCCUUUCGGAUUGCAUACGCUAAGUGUGGCACUAAACCUGAUCUUCACGGCCAGUUUUACGAGAACACGGUCGUGGUGCAAUACGACAAAGAUCUGCUCGAGGUGUGGGACGAGGCGAAGAGGUUGCGAUGCGAAUGGUUCAACGAUUACGAGAAGACAGCCUCCAAGCCGCCAAUGGUUAUCGCUGAUCUGGAUGUCGUGCAGUUGGAUUUCAGAGGUGACAAUGUUGAUUGCUGGAUGGAGAUCCAAGCUGGCAAGGGUCCAUGGGCGCCGCCGGUGUCUGGCAUCGUUCCUCUAGGCUCCACCUUGACUUUGGUGGUUGCCAUCAAUGAUUACCGAGGCGAGUUCGACAUGAGAGUGAAGUCUUGCGCCGCUUCGGACGGCUCCGGUCAUAUCAUAGAGCUGUCGGACGAAUACGGCUGCGUGCUGCGACCGAAGAUGAUAUCUAGAUUCCUCAAGGCGAAAGCGGUUGACGAACGCGCAACGGUGAUCACAUAUGCAUUCUUCCACGCAUUCAAGUUCCCCGACGCUUUGAGUGUGCACAUACGGUGUAAGGUGGAGAUUUGUCGGCACGGGUGUCUGGACCACUGCCAGCUAGCGGGGAUAGCUCCGCAACGACAUGGUGCGUUGGAUAGGAAGGAUGAUAGGGCCCAUCAGGACCAUAAUGAUAUUGGUGACAAUGCUGUCGAAGAAUCCGAUCUGAGUCUGGCAGAAGAUCACCAACGCCUUCCACUGGAAGAAGCCUUCGGUGAUGAAGUAUCAGGUGACGCGGUUCCAGCACCAGCGCCGCAGCGAGCGCCGGCUCCAGUGGUAGAGUCAGAUACUGAUCGAAUGGCCGCUGUUGAAGAACUGGUUGAAGCUCUAGCUAGACCGUUCACUGACCGUCCAUCAGAUCUUGGUGAACGCGAGCGUUUCCCUCAUGGUCCAAGGAAUUUAGAUGUCAAUCUCAAACCGGAGCCUUCAGGAGAUGCGGUUGUCCCAGCGAAUCCCCCAGGACCUGCCGUAGCGGGUCCAAGAUCUUUACGGAAACGUCGUACAGUUCGUGAAGGUCGAUCAGCCGACGUAGGAGUAUCGGGUAUCUACGAUGUUGUGUCAGAAGCGGAUCUCGCGUUUGGACCGUCAAGAGAACCUGUCACUGUCUUCAGUGGAAGAAUAAGGGAAGAGGUUGUAUACGGCAUUUGCAUGGGUGCUGUUAGCUUCGGAGCAUUGUUUGCAUCAGCGGCUGGUGCGGCAGCGGGAGCGGCUCUCGCUGCAGCCGUCCUACUGCAGAAGCUUCGCUCAAGGAUGGCUUCACAAGCACCUCCACCCAUGUCACCCGCCUCCGCGUCUCAUUCUUUAGCUGCUUGGAUGGCUUUAAGAUUAUUAGGAUCCCCCCCACACCCUCAUCAUUCGCGUGAGGGGUAAAUCAUAAACGGCUAUAUUUAUUAACAUGGAUUAAGAUUUCAAAGUAAUGUGAACUUUAAACAGUAGUAAUUAGGUCCACUUUAUGUUGAAGAAAAUUGAGAUUCAAAUUUUAAUCCGUGUUUAUGAAUAUAGCCGUUAGUGUAUAGUAACACAUUUCCUUAAGACUGUUUUAUUAGGAUGUAUGUCGUAACUAGUAGCUAAACAGUCCUUUAUAUUUACUGUUUAUUUUUUCACAUUACAAUCUUUAAGAAAAGGAGUUAAAACAUAACAUUGUUUUUUUCUAUAAAAAUUCAGAACCGCUUUUGUUAAUAAAUUAACAUGAACAAAAACGUUCUGAAACAGUACACUCUUUUUCUUAAAUAUUCGAGAAAUGCUUUCGUUUAAAUCAUCUUAUUAUCUUAGUCUUUCUUUAUAAUAUUUAUUGUUUUCUUAGAUUUCUAAUAUUAACUUAUUUUAAUCAAGAAAGUCUAAAUAUUUUAUAGGCUAACUUGAUCCCAGAAUUUUAGUCUUCGUAUUGGUCAGUCAAAUGUAUUUUACUUGUACGAUAAGUUGUACCUAAAUCAAUUUAAUUUUAUUUUUAAUAACAUUUACGGUUUGGAUUGUCUGCGAACGGUACGUGACGACAAAACGAUAGCGACGCGACACGUAGUAGUGCGAACUACUAAUUGAUAUGAACACGAUACAGAGCUUUCACUAUAAUCGCGGCAGCAUCGUGUCGCCGUCGCGCUGCGCCGCGAAUACAACUGGGCCCCUAGCCAAGUGCAACCACGUCCGACAGCUAUCGACGACUUGGUCACGUGACCAAGUUGUCGAUCGGAUCUGUCAUUCCCAUACAUUUUGUUAGUUUUCGAAGCGUUUGUAAAAGAGAAUCGACGUGCCACAUGGCUGCAGGACGAAUCGCGCGGGCGCGACGUCACAUAUUGUGUUAUCUGAAUUUUCAUUUAUCUAUCAAAAAGGACUUGUGUACAACGCGCCUGGCGUGAUAUCAGUAGUCAAUUAGAUAUGAGUUUCAUUGCAAAAAUGCAGAAAAAAGAAAAAGUAGAAAAGUUAAUUAAAUUAUUUUCUGACUACCUUGCUGGUCCAGUGGGUCGCGAAUGUAGCUUCGGAUCGUAAGGAAGCAAUCAUGGGUCAAAAUCAAUCUGUGUCGAGUUUUUAAAUGGUCAAUACAUGAACAGCGAGUCUAUCUAAGCUAUUAUAGUGGGACUUUCACCGUCCCGUCGACGUCGCGUCGCCGUCUUGUCCACGACGCGUCGCAGUCCUAUCCACGUCAUGCUGCCGCCCCGUCCGCGUCGCAUUGCCGUCUCGUUCCGUUCGCUGUAUGCCCAAACCUUUAGAUUAAUGAAAUUAAUGGUUCUAUAUUUGCCUCGUAACAAUCGAUGGUGCUAAGUCGUGCUACGGACAUGGUCCAAAACCUGAUUGUAUUCACUUCACUGUUGUGAGCGUUGUAAGUUUUAUAAUUAGGUAAGCAUUGUACAGGUUACUAUAAUUAUGUUAUAUUAUACUAUUUUAAACGGUGUUCUUUAUAUAGGUAGGAAUAAACGUCGAGUCAUGCCAUUAGGAUAAGUGUAGGUAAAAUAUUUUUUUGGAUUUUUUAUAUUUUCAAGUAACCGCUUUUAUUGGACAGACUUACAAAUUUUACAUAUUUGUUACUUGCAUUCGCAUAAAUACAUAAUGACGGCGUAUAUAUUUUACGUUUAAAUAGCUUUUAUUGCUGAAUCAAAACCGAAGAUUCUCAAGAUAAGUAGAAAAAAAUUUUCUUAACUUAAAUAAAAAUAGCAGUUUAAAAAUAUUUAAUGGUGACUAUUUCACCAGGUAAUAGAAGGUAAUUUUAUACAUGACUUUUCUAAAAGAAUAAUUUAUAAUUUAGUUAGUUAUGUGAAGUGACUCAAAAACAUUUUUAUAAUAAUGGUAUAAUAUAUUUAUUGUUUGUGUAAACUAGGUAGAUUUUUAUUAUAAUUUUUUAUUUAAGUCGUUUGUAAAUGACCAGAACAUAAUAAAAAGUGAGGUUACAAAGAACAAGUUACUCGAGUAAUAUGAUCUAGUAAGAUUUAAGCCAAACUUUAAGCUCUUGGCCUCGGACCAAUUACUAUGGACUUGUAUCACAAAAUUGUCUGUCGUUUUUUGAAGGAAACGAGUUUUAAACUCACACAUCGAAAAUAUUAACACCACAUAAAAUAUUUUGUGUCUUUAUACUACACAGAACUAUAAUUUUAAACCGUAAUACAUACACGUUUAAUUUUAACUCGAUGAAACAUCGAUACUCUAGAGGCAGUUUGUUUAGAAACGUAAGAUCGUGAUCAUAUACGACAGAGGACACAUAUAUUUGACAUAUAUUUGACAGAGGGGGUAACGUGUAGGAAAACAGGUCUUAUGGUAAUCGGUCUGAGCUCUUAGCUGAUAAAAUUUGGAAUAAACUAAUACUAUGUUAUUAUGAGGAAAUUCUUCUAUUUGAAGUCCUGUAUCAUAUAAUGUGGCUUUGGUUCAUCUGCGAAUCCCUUUGUUUCUAAUUCGAUCAGCAGAGAAACUCCAAGCAUAUCUCGGUCCAUCGCCCGCUGAGUUUACUCUAAGCCUUUUAGUAAGGAGAAAGUAAAAUCAUUAAAACUCGGUAAUUAUUUGAAAAUGUAUUCCUUAGUUUUAAUUAAUAAAUAAAUUUUAUUGUAGCGCUUUGUACAUUUAUACUUAGUUUAAUUAUUUUUAAUUAAGUUUCGAGAUGCUAACAUUAUUGUAACAUACAACAAACACCAAUGAAUACAAUAAUAUAUCAUUUUAAAAUAGAUUCAACUUAGCCCUUAACUUACUAUGAGAUUGCAUUCCAAAGUACGGAACACAAUAACUUAGAUUAAAAUAGACCCAACGACUUAUGUUUUAAAGCUUGAUAUUGUUUAAAUAACUUUACACAGUGUUAAAAUAUUUAUUUUUUAAAUGAUAUCGUUAUAGAACAUAUAUACAUUGAGAUCUAUUUUACUCUGAUGUUAUAAUAUUUCGCUACUUUAAACUCAGGACCGGUUUCACCACUCUGAUAAGUGUCUGAAAGCCUAACCGUAAGUUUUGACAUUUUUUUUUUACUUUAUGUCAAGUAAGAAAGACAAAACUUGUGAUUAAGCUAUCUGCCACAUAAUCAGGGGUGAGACCGGCUCUUAUUGAUGCUUGCAAUCAAGGAAUUAUUUAUAGUUAAGUUUAAACUACUAAUCAGUGACGUCACAAAGCGUAUGUACGUUAGUGAUUCCUAUGUCAUAAAUUUGGGCUCCUUUUUGAAAUUGCAUUUAUUUCGCAUUUAUACAUUAUUUUAUUAAAUUUUAUUAAUAAUUUAUAAUACUUUCUACUGUAUCCUAAUUAAUUAUUAUUGCUCAAUAUUAACUUUAUAAAUUAUUAUUUUUUAUUUAUAGCUUAUACCUAGGGUUAAUAACAUAUUUUUAGAUUUUAAUUUAUUAGAGGGUUGAGAGACCGAUAUUGUUCGAAUAAAUAUCAAAUUAUUAUAAUUAUAUAAAUAUUUUUUGCGUAAUAGGGAAAUUAAUAAAUAAGAUCAAAGUGACGAUUUUAUGGAUUCCAGUGUUCUUUGUGUACAUUUGUAUAAUAUUUGAAUUACGAUUACUUUUUAGAAAUAACCCUUCUUGCAGUCGGGUAAAAAUAUAAGAUUUUCACUCUUUCCUGAUUAGCACCGCUGAUUUCCUUCUUUUUACUCAAGACGGGGAUUUUGCACAUCACAUCACAUUAAGCAACAUUUAAUAAAUUUUGCAUAUUUAAUAAAUUUUGCAUUUUACAUCUUAGUUAUGUAACUAAGCAAAAUUUAAAAACCACUGCCAAGAAGAGAUAAGCUGCUGGUAUAACAUAUGAUAGCAUUCUAAAAACUUUAACUGAAUCUAGAAAGCUUAAUAAUAUAUCUAUGUCAGUACACGUGAUUUGGGCCUUGUACAAAUCAUCACCAAAUGGCCAUCGUUAUAUGACGAUUUGGUGAUGAUUUUUAGUUUGAACACACGUGAAACUAACAAUGUGUUAAAAUUAACCAUCUGUUAAACUAAAAAAUUGAUUUACAUUCACUUAUUAACUUAAAGAUUUGCUUUACAAAUCUACAAUAAUAGAUUUAGAAGAUCAAUAUCUCUAGGGGAAUCUCUAAAGGAACUCUUGAAUAAAAAUACGUUAUGCAUCGGUCUUUCAUACCAGUUAAUUAAAAUAAAAGAUGAUAAUUGUUUAAAUUAUCAUUAUCAUGCCACCCAAAAAUCUUGCAUUUAUUUUAACUAUUAUUGCGUAAGUGACACGAAAAUUUUUAUUUUUGUGAAAAUAUGAUUGUUUAAGUGCAAUUUUUACAUUUAUUUCAUAUCGUUUAGUUCUGUAAUCACUUGUACUAAGUUUCUGUCAUAAUUAUGGUAAUGGUUGAUUUCCUUUUAUGUAUUUAAAUACUUCGUAACAUAUUUUUUUUGAGUUUGGGGUGUUCAGAAAAUAUUAUUUAUUGUGAACGAUUUGUUUAUAUUUAAAUUUCCUGUAUGAUUGUGACAGCGCGUGUUUCAACGCACUUGUUAAUUUUUAAUGAAAUUAAAGUUAUGUUGAUAAUA